CACGCACUGCAAGUUCAUUGAGGCGUGGGCAACGUUGUAUCAAGUUCAAGGCGUGAAUCUCCAAUUUCGGCUCGUUCUUAAGCCAUUUUUGUCUCAAAAGCAAUGAGGCGACUGUGGAUCAUCGGUCUCAUCUGUGCACUUCUUGCAUUCACCUCUGUGAAAGCUGAUGAUGAUGUUGACAUUGAAGGCACAGUGGAAGAGGACCUAGGAAAGAGCCGUGAUGGAUCCCGCACAGACGACGAGGCUGUUCAGAGGGAGGAAGAGGCCAUCCAGCUAGAUGGACUAAACGCUUCACAAAUUAAAGAAAUUCGAGAGAAGGCAGAAAAGCAUGUGUUCCAGGCGGAAGUGAACAGGAUGAUGAAAUUGAUCAUCAAUUCUCUGUAUAAGAACAAGGAGAUCUUCCUUCGAGAGUUGAUCUCUAAUGCUUCCGAUGCCUUGGAUAAGAUCCGCUUGCUGUCCCUGACCAAUGAAGACGCCCUUGCUGGAAAUGAAGAGCUAAUUAUUAAAAUCAAGUCUGACAAAGAGAAGAACAUGCUUCACAUCACUGACACUGGAAUUGGCAUGACCAAAGAGGAACUGGUGAAGAACCUCGGUACCAUCGCCAAGUCUGGAACCAGCGAGUUCCUCAACAAGAUGACCGAAGUGCAGGAUGAUAGUCAGUCCACCUCUGAGCUCAUUGGCCAGUUUGGUGUGGGCUUCUAUUCCGCCUUCCUUGUAGCUGAUAAAGUCAUUGUCACAUCCAAGCACAACAACGGCACUCAGCACAUCUGGGAGUCUGAUUCCAAUGAGUUCUCCGUCAUCGAGGAUCCCCGUGGAGACACCCUGGGCAGAGGCACCACUAUUACGUUGGUGAUGAAAGAGGAAGCUUCAGACUAUCUUGAGCUGGAGACCAUUAAGAACCUAGUGAAGAAGUAUUCUCAGUUCAUCAACUUCCCCAUUUAUGUAUGGACCAGCAAGACUGAGACUGUCGAGGAGCCCAUAGAGGAGGAGGAGGCGGCUGAGGCGGAGAAGGAAGAUGCCACCGAAGAUGAAGCUGAGGUUGAGGAAGAAGAGGAAGACAAGGACAAACCAAAGACCAAGAAGGUGGAGAAGACCGUUUGGGAUUGGGAGCUGAUGAAUGACAUCAAGCCCAUCUGGCAGAGGCAUGCCAAGGAAGUUGAGGAAGAUGAAUACAAAGCCUUCUACAAGACCUUCUCCAGGGACACGGAUGAGCCCAUGUCACACAUCCACUUCACCGCUGAAGGCGAGGUCACCUUCAAGUCCAUCCUCUUUGUUCCUGCAUCUGCACCACGAGGCCUUUUCGACGAAUAUGGUACAAAGAAGAACGACUUCAUCAAGCUCUUCGUUCGAAGAGUCUUCAUCACAGAUGACUUCCAUGACAUGAUGCCCAAGUACCUCAACUUCGUCAGAGGCGUUGUGGACUCUGAUGAUCUGCCUCUGAACGUGUCCAGAGAGACUCUACAGCAACACAAACUGCUCAAGGUUAUUCGUAAGAAGCUGGUGCGCAAGACCUUGGACAUGAUCAAGAAGAUCGCAGAGGAGCAGUACAACGAUAAAUUCUGGAAGGAGUUCGGCACCAACAUCAAGCUGGGAGUUAUUGAGGAUCACUCCAACCGAACCCGCCUGGCCAAGCUGCUCCGCUUCCAGACCUCCCACAGCGAGACCGUUCUGUCCAGCCUGGAGCAGUAUGUGGAGAGAAUGAAGGAGAAACAGGACAAGAUCUACUUCAUGGCUGGAACCAGCAGGAAGGAGGCCGAGUCUUCUCCGUUCGUCGAGAAACUUCUGAAGAAAGGACAUGAGGUCGUCUAUCUAACCGAGCCUGUGGACGAGUACUGCAUCCAGGCCCUCCCUGAGUUCGAAGGCAAGCGUUUCCAGAACGUGGCGAAGGAAGGAGUGAAGUUCGACGAGAGCGAGAAGGUCAAAGAGAAGAGGGAAGCCCUGGAGAAAGAGUUUGAACCCCUCACCACAUGGAUGAAAGACCGUGCCCUGAAGGACAAAAUUGAAAAAGCUGUUUUGUCUCAGAGGCUGACCAACUCUCCCUGUGCUCUGGUCGCCAGUCAGUACGGAUGGUCAGGCAACAUGGAACGAAUCAUGAAGGCCCAGGCUUACCAAACAGGGAAAGACAUUUCCACAAAUUAUUAUGCAAGUCAAAAGAAGACGUUAGAAAUCAACCCCAAACAUCCUCUCAUUAAAGAAAUGUUAAAGAGAGUCAACACUGAUGCUGAAGACCAGACAACUUCAGAUUUGGCCGUUGUGCUCUUCGAGACCUCCACGAUGCGUUCCGGUUACCAGCUCACAGACACCAAAGCCUACGGAGACAUAAUAGAGCGUAUGCUCCGGCUCAGCAUGAACGUAGACCUCAGCGAACAGGUUGAGGAAGAACUAGAGGAGGAAGCUGAGGAACCAGCUGAAGAUGCAGAGGCUGAGGAUGAAGAGGAGGUCCAGGCAGAUGAUGAUGCAGAGGAAGAAUCUGAUUCAACGGGCAAAGACGAGUUGUAAAGCUGUUUGAUGGGAGGGGACGGGGCUUUGGACUGAUGCAGAGUGAAGAUGACAACAUUCUGGUUCUCUCUGUAUGGGUGGGUUGGGGGAAUGGGGGCUGGGUUUUUUUUAAGGCGCUGCUUUUGUUUGGUUUUUUUUUUACAUUCCUCCAUGAUUGUAAAUUUGUUAAUAUUUAACUGACCCAGUUGUGGAGUGCUGACUCCUGUCCACAGAACCAUUAAAUGUUUCCGGAAAGGGA